AUGGAUGAGGAGCAGGACAAGGACAGAAGAAGAGCAGGAAAGAGGCAUAAGAACUCUGGGACAGGGAUGGAAGUGGAGCAGGACAGGGAUGGAAGUAGAGCAGGACAGGGAUGGAAGUGGAACAGGACCGGGAUGGAAGUGGAACAGGAGAGGGAUGGAAGUGGAACAGGAGAGGGAUGGAAGUGGAACAGGACAGGGAUGGAAGUAGAGCAGGACAGGGAUGGAAGUGAAAUACGACAGGGACAGAAUAGGAGCAGGACAGGGAACAGAAGAGGAGCAGGACAGAAAUGGAAAUGGAGCAGGACAGGGAAAGAGGAGGAGCAAAACAAGGAAAGAAGAGGAGUAAAACAAGGAAAGCAGGGCAGGGGCAGAAUAGGAGCAGGAAAGGAGGAGGGGCAGGAGCCAAGAGUAUGGAGUGUAAUAGUCUGCAAGGUCACAAAGGAAACCAAGGUAACCUCUAAGCGACUAAAGCCCUUUCUCACGUUAGCUAAUGUUCAUGAGUCCACCAUCAGUAGGACACUAAGCAAUGAUGGUGUGCAGGGCAGGAAUGCAAGGAGAAAGCCGCCGCUCUCCAAAAAGAACAUUGCUGCCCGUCUGCAAUUUGCUAAAGAUCACCUCCUGUGUGCAGCACGUGAGCAGCAGACCAGUUCCAGGCUGUAUGCAAGCGCUCAUGUUGAUAUUGUGGCAUCAGUGCACACAAUGUAUCCCAAUAUCAAUAAGAACGGAUCAGUCUGGUACGAGUCGGAAACUGAGAUCCAAUGCGGCAAGGUUUGGGAAUAUGGGAAUAUUACAGAUUUUCACUUAAAGGGGACGGAUCUGCCCCUGCCCAGGAAGAGCAGCGGCUGUGGUACUCACCUGGACGAGGUCACCUACCCACCAUCGCCAUGUUUAGACGAACCAAGAGGAGAAAUAGACACCCUGCAAAUCACUGCUUUAUCAUGUAGUUGUAGGAGCAGCAACCGGAAGAGCCUAAUCCUGACGAGCAGCAGUUCUCCCACCCUCCCCCGACCGCACUCACCUCUGCCCGGUCACAUAGGGGGAAGUCCUAUGGAUAGUCCUCGGAAUUUUUCCCCCAGUGCAGCCGCUCACUUCUCAUUUGCAUCUUCACGCAGCAGGACAGAUGGCCGCCGCUGGUCCCUUGCUUCACUUCCAUCAUCUGGAUAUGGGACGAAUACUCCAAGCUCUACUGUAUCGUCCUCCUCCUCUUCUCAGGAACGCCUUCACCAGCUACCAUUCCAGCCCACCUUGGACGAGCUCCACUUUCUAUCCAAGCACUUUGGCAGUACAGAGAGUAUCCCCGAUGAUGACGGUGGACGCAGGUCACCUGCAGUCAGGCCACGAUCUCGAAGUUUAAGUCCCGGCAGAUCUCCUUCCUCUUAUGAUAAUGAAAUCGUGAUGAUGAACCAUGUGUACAAAGAGAGGUUCCCCAAGGCUACAGCUCAAAUGGAGGACAGACUCCGGGUAUUUAUCUCCAACUUCUCACCUGAAAAUGUUCUUCCUCUGGCCGACGGAGUCCUGAACUUUAUCCACCACCAAAUCGUGGAACUCGCCAGGGACUGCCUGACACGGAGCACUGAGGGAAUGAUCACCAGUACUUACUUCUACCAGCUGCAGGACAACCUGGACAAGCUGCUGCAGGAUGCAGUGGAGCGCUCGGAAGGAUCAGAAGUGGCUUUCAUCGCCCAGCUGAUGAAGAAUCUGCUUAUUAUCAUCUCGCGGCCGGCCCGACUACUGGAAUGCUUGGAGUUCAACCCCGAGGAGUUUUAUCACUUGCUGGAAGCAGCUGAAGACCAGGUGAAGGAAGGGAACCUCAAGACAGACAUACCACGGUACAUCCUCCGGCAGCUGGGGCUCACAAGAGACCCUUUCCCAGAGGUAGCUGCUGAAGAACCUCUUACUUUGGAGACACACACACCAGAAAGUGAAGAUACUGGAGAGGGAAAAGGAGCCUCAAAGCCAAUUAGACCCCCACAGGAGAGCGAUUUUGAAACCAUUAAACUGAUCAGCAAUGGCGCCUAUGGGGCAGUAUAUCUUGUCCGGCAUCGGGAAACACGCCAACGAUUUGCCAUGAAAAAGAUCAACAAGCAGAACUUGCUGCUGAGGAACCAGGUGCACCAGGCCUUCAUUGAGAGAGACAUCCUGACGUUUGCACAGAAUCCAUUUGUGGUCAGCAUGUUCUGUUCUUUCCAGACUCGUCGACACCUCUGCAUGGUCAUGGAAUAUGUAGAAGGGGGUGACUGCGCCACUCUCUUGAAACACAUCGGCGCUCUCCCUCUGGAGUUGGCACGGUUGUAUUUUGCGGAGACCGUCCUGGCCUUGGAGUAUCUACAUAAUUACGGCAUUGUUCACCGGGAUCUGAAACCAGACAACCUUUUAAUAACGUCAAUGGGUCAUGUCAAGCUGACCGAUUUUGGCCUAUCCAAGAUGGGGCUUAUGAAUCACACUACAAAUUUAUAUGAAGGACAUGUUGAAAGUGAAGCGAGAGAAUUCCUGGACAAACAAGUGUGUGGGACCCCGGAGUACAUAGCACCAGAAGUGAUCCUGCGUCAGGGUUAUGGAAAACCUGUCGACUGGUGGGCAAUGGGCAUUAUCUUGUAUGAGUUCCUUGUGGGCUGUGUCCCGUUCUUUGGCGACACCCCCGAAGAGCUGUUUGGUCAGGUGAUCAGUGAUGACAUUGUCUGGCCAGAGGGUGAGGAAGCCUUGCCAGCAGAUGCCCAGAACCUCAUCUCCAGCCUGCUGCAGACGGACCCCUUACUGAGACUGGGGACAGGGGGAGCUAUUGAGGUGAAGGCUCACAGGUUUUUCACAGACUUGGACUGGAAUGGCUUGCUGAGGCAGAAGGCAGAGUUCAUUCCUCACCUGGAGGCUGAGGAUGACACCAGCUACUUUGACACUCGCUCAGAUCGUUAUCAGCAUAUUAAUUCCUAUGAUGAAGACGAUACAAAUGAUGAAGACUCUGUGGAGAUCAGGCAGUUUUCAUCCUGUACUCCAAGAUUCAGCAAAGUUUACAGUAGCAUGGAGCAGCUGUCCCAGCUGGAGCAAAAACCCUCCAGCACUGUUCAAGACUCCACCAAGCAAGAGCGGUCUGAGAGGACGAGCAAGAGAGAGACCCUUGGCGGGGUCACCCUGAGAGAUCGCUGCUGGAGGACCGUGUCUCCGGAAAUGAAGCAUUUCUCAGAUGCCGCGGACGCUGACUCUAGUCCCCCAUUAGCAGCCAGGCGCCGCUUCUCUGCUUUGGUGGAUACGGCUCGGUUUGUGGCUCCUCUAGAAGGAGAAGGAGAGAGCAGAGUAAAAAGCAGCAGCGGGACUCACUUUGGUCAGAGUAAGAUCCCCCUGGGAGAGCUAGAAGGAGACAAAUCUUCAGAAUCACAAACACAAGUGGAUGCAGACUCCUCUCCCCGCGCCACCAAUGACCUUGUCCUGCGCAGAGCUCGUCACCAGCACCUCUCCGGGGACAGCGAACGGAGGAGAACUGGAGGAAAGGUGAUCAAGUCGGCCUCCACCACCGCACUGUCUGUCAUGAUUCCUACAGUUGAACAGCACAGCAGUUCACCCCUGGUCAGUCCUAUGUCUCCGCGCUCCCUUUCAUCCAAUCCGUCCUCACGAGACUCGUCUCCCAGCCGCGACUACACCCCCGCAGUCAGCAGUCUCCGCUCCCCCAUCUCCAUCCAGCGAUCAGGAAAGAAGUAUGGCUUCACCUUGAGGGCCAUCCGAGUAUACAUGGGAGAGAGUGACGUAUACAGCGUUCAGCAUAUAGUUUGGCAUGUUGAGGAUGGAGGUCCUGCUCAUGAGGCAGGGCUGUGUGCUGGUGACCUUAUUACUCAUGUCAAUGGAGAACCUGUGCAUGGUUUGGUACACACAGAGGUGGUUGAGCUGAUCCUGAAGAGUGGUAACAAGGUGCUGGUCACCACAACACCUUUUGAGAACACAUCAAUCAGGACUGGUCCAGCCAGGAGGAGCAGCUACAGGUCCAAGAUGGCCCGGAGAAGCAAGAGGAGUAUAGGAAGAGAAGGGCAAGAGAGUAAGAAGCGCAGUUCUCUUUUUCGUAAGAUCACCAAGCAGUCCAAUCUGCUGCAUACCAGCCGCUCUCUGUCUUCUCUCAGCCGCUCUCUGUCCUCUAGUGACAGUCUGCCAGGAUCUCCUACUCACAGCCUCUCUGCCCGUUCUCCAACUCACAGCUAUCGAUCAAUGGAUUCUGCAUAUCUAGGUGCCUCAUCACAAGGCAGUUCCCCUUCUUCUAGCACUCCCAAUUCCCCUGCCCCUCCUCCACCAUCUUCCUCAACAUCUUGUGCCUCUACAUCCUCCUCCACAUCCUCUCCAGCACCGCCCUCUCCCCACAUUCGUCCCAGUACGCUACAUGGCCUGUCCCCAAAACUUCACCGCCAAUACCGUUCCGCACGUUGCAAGUCUGCUGGUAAUAUGCCGCUUUCUCCUCUGGCUCAUACUCCAUCACCUACUACUGCCUCCCCUCCUCUGCUUCCAGGUCACAGUGUAGGAAGCAGCCUGACCACACAGAGCUUCCCUCCAAAGUUGCAUCCUUCCCCUCCUGUCUCCCGUCCACGUCCUAAGAGUGCAGAACCUCCACGUUCCCCUCUCCUAAAGAGAGUGCAGUCUGCAGAGAAGUUGGGAGGAGGGGGGAGUGGAGGAGCACCUAGAAAACAGGAGCCAGGAGGCGGUGGUGGAACUCCAGAUGGAGAACUAGGCGAAAACCUUGGAAGUAGAUCUCAAGCAGUUAGAAGAGUAGGCAGACAGGAAUCCCCACGGAGCUUAUGUGCAGGAGAUCUCUUGGUAGAUAGUUUAGAGAGACUGGAUGCUGACUUGGGAACAGGAAUAUUACAGACAGAGGGACACAAAGGUACUGAGGGUAAAGUUCAAGUAGUGGGAAAAAUAGGUGCAGUAGUCCGAAGUCCUGCUACGUUUUCUCCACAAGAGCCUCCAUCUACUGCAAUGUCUGCCCUUCCAACACAGGGUGACCCUUCCCAUGCUAUGGUGGGGAGAUGCCAGGUGAAAACUCUAAGUCCUGUGCAGGAACACGAGGGCAGAAGAGGUGAAGGAGAAGAAGGUAUAGGAGAAGGAGAAGGGAAAAAAGGAGAAAAGGGAGAGGAGGAUGAAGAACAUUGUAGAACCACAAGAGAAAGGUGGUACCUAGAAGUGGUGGAAGAAUUGACCACUGUCGGUAAAAGCACACCUCAUGCUACCACGAAAGGCGUGCCUUCCAAUCUCACAGACUGUUCACAUUCUGUCAGACCCAAAAGUGCUGAUUUCAACCAAAUGAAGAGUGCACCCACCUGUUUCCCGCAUGUACAGCCCGACGUCAAGCACCCUGUAAUGAAUAAAGACCAUGAAGCUUCUUCUGUAAAGUCGUCUACUCCUAAAAUAUCAAGCACUUCAUCUCAACAAGCUGAAAUAAAGUAUCCAGACCCCAACAAUAUAAAAUGUGAUCCGUCCUGCAAUAUUAAGGAUGAGAAGCCAAUGGCUGACAUUCAAAAAUAUCCAUCUCAAUCUCGAUCCACUGGAAAACAAACUGAAACAUUCCAGUCCGCCUCCUCUCACCCUGUUAGAUUAAGAGAUGAUCUAAAGGUCUCCGCCUCCAGCACAAAUGGUUUAAAGCCUAGUCUAACACAAACCUCCAAGACCAGUGAAUCUACAAAAGCCUCUCCAGCUAUCCCCACCCCAGAAAAUGUGAAGGGAAUUGGGCCUACAACUGAGAUUCCUCCAUUGCUUCUGCCGGGUCCACCAGCUAUUUCUCCCAUAAGUAUCCAGAUAACCAAAGCUGAAAAUGAACAAAUAAGAGGGACUACCACAGUGACCAAUAACAUAACACUGGGUGUAAAAGAAGUGAGUCAAACGAAGGUGACCAACAUUCUCCCUGCUGUUAAAGUGACUGUUGGAGAAGAUAAGGUGGUGUCCACCCAAACAUCUCAGCCUACUCUAAGUACAACCGAGAAGAGCCAAGCAAACAAAACCACAGGCCUGACUAGUGCACCAGAAAGUGACAAGACCAAGGUGGCCAUAGCUAUUAAUAAGGUCAGUUGCACUGAAAUUGUGCAGACCAGCUCUACUGAUAACACCCCAGUUAUUAGUAAGCCUUCAGGAUCAGAAUAUGACAAGACAAGGGGGACAACCAAGCUAUCGAGUACUCCGAAAACUAGUGAAGAAACAAUUAUCCGGACAAAGUUGACCACAGCUGCUUCUGAUAGUAGCAUCAGUAAAAUUCUCAGUGAUCAGUCUAAGAAGACCACCAUCUCUCCAAGCUUUGAUAGGGUAAGCAUGGUGGACAGCACCCAAGUCAAAGUUCCUCCUGUACUAUCAUGUCAUAAACCCCUGACCGGGGUAGGUGACCAAAUGACCAAAACCAUUACAGGCAGUUCUGAUACUGACCAAAAGCAGAGUAAGGUGUUCACAGUUUCUACUAAGAUGACAGAAGGUCAACCCAAGGAGCCACCAGUAACAAUUAAGAUGAGUGGUGCUGAGAGCAAUGCCCAGAGCCCAACUGCAAAAUCUCCAAGCCCCCAGACGGCCGCAACCACAGUCACAAGUCAGCGCCGCUCCUAA